ACUAAAACCUAUCGUUAGUGUUAGCUAACUGUUUAACCUAUUAGUGUUUUUUUUCAGUUUUCUAUAAUUUUAACUCAUUCAACAUCACUUCAAUUCUAGUCUAGUCCGGUCAUCAACGUCAUGAUAAAAGUCCGCUUGAUACUACUGACAAUAGGUGUAAUUAAAUUGACCAGUUUGAAUGAAAUUUUUGCUGAAUAUCAACUAUCAGAAGUUUUUCAAACUGACAAAGGUCCCAUUCAAGGGGUAAUACUGAAAACGAUUGUGAGACAUAAAAAAUUUUCAGCUUUCAAAGGAAUUCCAUAUGCCAAACCUCCAAUAGGUCGUCGUCGAUUCCGACCACCAGAAGAAAUCGAUCCAUGGGAUGAUAUAUUAAUUGCCACCAACACAUCGAGUGUUUGUCCUCAAUAUGAUUAUGAUAAUAAAACUUCUACUGGUGAUGAAGAUUGUCUUUAUUUAAAUGUCUAUACACCUAAGCUAAAAGCAGAUGAUACUGAAUUGAGACCUGUGAUGGUCUGGAUUUAUGGAGGAGCUUUUAUACAAGGAUAUAUUAAUGCUUCACGAUAUGGACCAGAUUUUAUUCUUGAACAAAAUGUUGUUGUCGUUGCCAUGAGUUAUCGAUUGGGAGCUUUGGGAUUUUUAGCUCUCGAAACUAAAAAUGCUACUGGUAAUGCUGGUCUUAAAGAUCAGAAUUUUGCUCUUCGAUGGGUCAACAAAAAUAUAAAAAAUUUUGGCGGUGACCCUAAUUUAGUAACUAUUUUUGGACAAAGUGCUGGCUCAGUUGCCGUACAGCUUCAUAAACUUUCUCCAAUGUCAAGAGGUCUAUUUAGCCGAUCGAUAGCAAUGAGCGGCUCGCCUUUGAAUGUUUGGGGUGUAUCUGUUCAUGAACAAGCAGUAUUACGAGGACGUUACUUGGCUAGAAAACUAGGAAUUGUGGAAGACACUGAUGAAAAAAUUUUAGAAAAACUAUACGAUGUUCCUGUUGAACAAAUCAUCGUGGUAACAUCGACUGAACUUGAAAUUCUUGAUCUACCUUUUAAACCAAGUAUUGAAGAUCCUAAAUACAGUUCAGAACCUUUUAUCUCGGAGUGUAUCGUCAAAAUGUAUGAAGCUGGAAAUUUCAGUGAUGAACCUCAUAUUCUUGGCUUCGUUAGUUCAGAGACUGUUUCAUUUGCUGAUAGUGUAGCAUCAUUCCUCAGAGUCCUUAAUUCUGCUCUAGAUACUGUUGUUAAUAUAACUGGUAUAGAAACGAUAGCAAAUAUAAUUCAGUUACGUCAUCUUGUAAAUUCUACGCUGAAUACCUUUAGUGAAAUUGGUUAUGAUACGGUUUACACAGGAAUUGAUGUAACAACCGAUUUACUUUUUAUCGCUGGUAUAGAUAGAACUCAACAGUAUUUAGCUAAAGGCAAAGGUCCUGUGUAUUAUUAUCGUAAUUCGUUUGAUUAUCCUCAAGCUCUUCAUAGAGUGAGAGGUAAUCAAUUAAAUGGAACUGCUCACUCAGAUGAUAUAGCUCACGUUUUCUGGGUAUCUGAUAGAAAUCAAACGACUGAUCCUAACGUUGGUAUUACGCAUCAAAGAAGUAAGAUGGUUAGAAUGUGGACUAAUUUAGCGAGAUAUGGAAAUCCUACACCGAAUGGAACAGAUGAUCCUUUAUUGAAUAUCACUUGGCCUAACUCUGGUGAAGAUGGAACACAUCUUGAAAUCAAUACUGAAUAUUCUAUUGGACCAAGACCUAUCAGUUCUUUUAUUCAGAUAAUACGUACUCUGGUUUCACCUUUACGGUUAUUGAUAGAACCCUGCCCUUUCAUGAAACUCUAUGAGUUGAUCUUGUUGAAUAUUUUAAGUAUGUUUUCUAUUGGUGUAAAUGCUAGACUAACGGAAAUAGUUAGUACAGACAAAGGCCCUGUACAAGGAGAAAUAAGACAAACAUUCCGAAAUUCCAUGUUAUUUUCUUCAUUUCGUGGAAUCCGUUAUGGAAAACCACCAGUUGGCUAUUUAAGAUUUAAGCCACCAGAAGAAGCAGAACGUUGGAGAGAAAUAUUCGUAGCAACAUCUGAAGCAACUCCUUGCCCUCAUCUAGAUAUUGUAAACCAUUCUUAUGUUGGAGAAGAAGAUUGUUUAAAUCUUAAUGUUUAUACUCCUAGAACAAAUUUCGCUUAUGACGACGAUGAAUUAUUUCCGGUAAUGGUAUGGUUACAUGGCGGUGGAUUUAAAAGCGGUGCAGCAAACAUGUCUGUUUUUGGCCCAGAUUUUUUAGUUGAAAAUAAAGUUGUAGUAGUAGUCAUUAAUUAUCGCAUAGGAGCACUUGGAUUCUUAGCUUUAAAUCACACUAAUGCCACUGGAAAUGCUGGAUUAAAAGAUCAGCUUCUAGCUUUGAAAUGGGUGAAUAAGAAUAUUGAUAAGUUUGGUGGAGAUCCUAAUCUGGUGACACUUUUUGGUCAUAGUGCUGGAGCUGUUUCAAUUGAUUACCAUGUUUUGUCAGAAGUUUCGAAAGAUUUUUUUCAUCAAUCUAUCAGCAUGAGUGGAUCGCAUUUAUGUAAAUGGGGGUUUUUCACUCUUUCUGAAGCAGAAUCACAAGCUUUCAAGCUUGGUGAACAGCUGGGAAUAAUCACUGAUAAAAAUAAAGAAAAGCUUUUAACAGCUUUAUAUGAAAAAUCACCUCAUGAUUUAGUUGAAGCAACAAGAAAAAUCGAUUUUAUCGAUUUACCAUUCAAGCCUACAAUGGAAGACCCAAUAGUUGCAGGUGAUACUGCAUUUAUUUCCCAGUGUCCUAUUGAUGUUUAUAAAUCAGAUGGAUUUCGUGGUUUACCCCACAUGUUGGGGUUUGCUAAAGAUGAAGCAGUUUCAAUAGCUCCAGGAAAUAAAUGGCUAUCAGUAAAAAAACUUUUGAAUAACGCAAUAAAAGAAAGAAAUAUUAAUCGAGAUAGUAAUUUUUGGAAAAGAAUAUACUCGAAAAUGAUUAUUAACAUUUCAGAAUUCUUUAUCGAAAAUAUUUCACGAGCAGCAUUUGUUAUUGGAAUUGAUCUCAAGCGUAAACUCUUAAAAAAAUACAGUAAUGCUCCUGUAUAUUAUUACCGAAUAUCUUUCUCAUCAAAUGUGUCAAUUCAUAAAAAACUUCAUCAUGUUCAUAUGGAUGGUGCUGCUCAUGAAGAUGAACUGGCUUACAUUUGGUACGUUUCAUAUUUGGAUUAUCCUAAAAGCCCAGAGGAUCCUUUUACAAUUGUUCAAGAACGUGUGACUUUAAUGUGGACCAAUUUCGCUAAAUUCGGUCAUCCGACUCCUUUCGGCUAUGCUGAUUCUCAACUCAACAUAACUUGGCCAAUUUCUGGAAUUCACAACAAAUUUUUAGAUAUAGAUAACAAACUUAGCAUUAAACGUGAUCCUACUGAUGUAUCUACUGACAUCAUUUCUGGAUUAUUUGAGUUAUUUGUUCGUUCAAAUAAAUGUCCAAUUAUUUCAUAA